UAUACUACAGACUGAGUAUUCAAUUUCAAAGUGCCACCCAUCAAAGCCUUUCCCCUCCCAGGCGCUAGGGGUCGCUAUUAGUUUUCCGCUCAUUUUCUUCUGUUGCCUGUCUCUCUAUAGCCCUCCUGUGCCCGCAGCUGCUCUCGCUCGUCUCUGUGUCCGUAGCUCGUUGUGUCCGUUCCUGUAGUGGAAGCAGCGGGGAGAGCGGAGACUGAGGUGCUUUAACAUGUCGUCCUGGGUGAAAGUAACAAAAGGCCAGCCACAAAAACCGGUUGCUGGCAAAAAGAAGCCAAGCUGGAUACCUCGUCUUUUUGACAUUAACCCGUACAAGCCCAGCCAGAAGGCCUCAUUCUCUGAAAAAUAUCCCAGAGAUGUGGAAGAACAAAAAAGCUUUGAGGAACUGUUCGGAAAGAAAUAUUUUUCGUCUGGUACCGAGGAAUACUGCGAGAGAUACCAAUACUCUCAGAACAGCACCCAAUACAACUCUGAUGACCGCAGAGAGAAACUCUACCUGCAGUUCUACCAGCAGAUACAGGAUGAAUAUCACAAGGAGAGACCAUCCGACUGUGUGAUCGUGGCCAUCAGCAAGGAACAGAUGGAGUACGCCACAGCCAUAGGCCAUCGAUUACAGGAUCAUGGCCUUGUGGUGGAGAUGAUAUACUUGACAUCAGAAUCUGGCCUCACACGCGCCCUCCAGGAGGUUAAAAACGACGGCUCCCCGUUUUGCAUACUAGUUGAACAAUCAAAUGUAGCUCUGUCCUCUUGCACUGCAAUUAUUCUUCAUGAAUCUAUCAAAAUACACCGUAAUAUGCCCAUGGAGGAUGCCCUGGCUCUGAUAGUUAAGGCAUUUGGGAAAAUUUUUGGCGAGCGUGAACAGCAGGAGCGUAAUGAGAUAUCACACAAAGCAGCUGAUCUGGCGGAUGACUACCUGGAGAGGGAACACUAUGAGACUUACACUGUCCCCCUGGACAUUAGACACCUUCUCUUCCUUUUAAGCGAUGGCAAAUAUUUAUAUUCUGAAGAGCUGAAUGCAAUCAGCGACUACCUGAAGACCAGGAUAACUGAGCUGGAAGGCUUUGAAGAAGCAGAUACCACAGAACAAGCUAAUCCCGCAUAUGACACUCACACCAGCGCUAAAACACAUUUCCCGGAGAAACCGCCCCCUCUCCUUCCCACUCCUGCCAGAAAUUCCUAUGGAGGACAACCGAAACCUGCCUUGCUCGGUGAUAGACCCACAAGUGGUGGUGGUGGGGGUCUACUCCCCACACCAGGCUUUAAGAAGGCAGAUCCCACAGAAGAUGUCAGCGACAUGUAUGAAGCAAAUAUACCAAGCGGUGGUUUGUCAGAUACACUUGCCAAGCCUCCACCGCUGCUUCCCACUCCAGGCAGGACUCCAUUAAUGUCAAUUGGCAAACCCUCUCUUCUGCGUGACAGGUCCUCUGCUGGACUGCUCCCAACACCAGGUCCGGUGUUUGGUUUCUCACAGGGCAUCUCUGCUCCACAAGGCAAACCUCCCCCACUCCUGCAAAUGCCACCUAAAAGACCACCACUCCUUGGUUUUUCACCACAUGCACCUCCUAAACGCCCAUUGCUUGGUGAAAAACCUGGUCUUCUCCCGACCCCUGCUCUUUCUUCAAACACUACUUCACACCUCUGGAUGGCUAAACCGAAACCUCUGCUUCAAUAAGGAUGGAAGAGCCACUCCUGCCAGUGUCUAUUGUGUACCCGAUCGUACUUGUAUUUCAGUAUUAGAGCAGUGCCGCAGAUUCGUGAUUAUUUGUAAAGUCCCCGACAUUCCUACAGGAUCAUUUUUUUAUGGUAUAACACAUACGGUUCCUCCCUAUCUUGUUUCAGUUUGGGAACCAGCAGAUUAACUUUCAGUGCAACGCUGGACCAUCUGGCAGCAAGGAUUAAAAAUCUUAGUUUGGUUUGUUUAUAUAUUUUUUGUCAUCUUUUUUGCGGGAGAAAAUAAAAAUUUUGUUUUACAUA